AAUAUUGAUAUUUUUCACUCUUCCUAAUCUAAAACAUCGUUGGUGUGAAAAUGCUGCUGUCUUGUGUAGACCACUUGCCAUUUUCUGCUACUAAUAACUUGAUAUUUCAUAUUAAAAUAAUACAAACUAAACAUUUUGCAUGGGACUAGAGUGAGCAGGCAGCUCCUCCCAUCCAGCUAUAAGAGCCCAGCUGACCUGCGGGUCCUCCACCCUGAAGUAGGCCAGCUCAAGCUGCCUCAUGAAGGCUUGGGCAGCUUUCUCACAAGCUUUGGUUCGAGGAUCUCAGUCCCACAUGGAAAUGUAGACGCAGCUCGCCGGCCUGGUUUGUCUUCCGGAGCGACUCUGAAGCGGAUUAAGGAGGCACUGGUAACUUUUAAUCAUGACUUUCGCCAUGCUGCGCCCCGUGGCGACGCACUUGAUCUACUCGGACUUCACGGUUACCAACUCCGAGGACGAAGAGAACCGCAGCGAGAGCGACGGCAGCUCGGAGCAGAGCUACUGCGGCUCCACGGAGAAACGGAGUCGCAUCUCCCGCAAGCUGGAGGGCGACUCCGCGGUGGUGAUGAAGCAGCGGAGCGCGGCCAACGCCAGGGAGAGGGGCCGGACCCAGAGCGUCAACACGGCGUUCACGGCCCUCCGGACUCUCAUUCCCACCGAGCCGGUGGACAGGAAGCUCUCCAAGAUUGAAACGCUCCGACUGGCGUCCAGCUACAUCUCCCACCUGGCCAACGUGCUUCUGAUCGGGGACGCCGGCGCAGAGGGACAGCCGUGCCUCGGAGCGGUCCAUGCGCAGGGCGAGGGCGCGGGGAAGCAGCCGCGCACCAUCUGCACCUUCUGCUUGAGCAACCAGAGGAAAGGGAUUAAAGAUGGGAAAGACUGUUUGAAAAUGCGAGGACUCGGUCCGCUGCGAGUGAGGCGCUGACCGGAUGGAUCGUUUGCAACCUGAAAACCCUCAAGACUUUCUCAGGGAAAGAGCUGAAACUGGUGCAACAAAGAGCGCUCGCUCUCACGUACCUGUACACACAUGCUGGAUUAAAAGGUGGCACCAAAGAAGAGACUAUUUAUACUUGACUGAGACAUCCGAGACUGUAAGACGUUCAAACAUGCAGUGCAUUUGUUUGAAUCUCAAUGGUCUUGUCUUUUUUUUUUUAUUUGGAAGAUGUUUUAAAUAAAAUAUAUUUUAUCAAAAUGAAAGGCAUUUUUACAAUCUCAUUUGGUGACAAUGGAUGUGUCACAAUCUAAAGUUAGUGCAAAACAAAAAAUUUUAAGACUCCCAGUUGCCGUUUUGGAUGAAUAUGAAAUGUUUCCUGCAUCUCCCAAACCUUCGUGUCUCCAUGGUUUCAUCCAGCAUGUUGUUGAGAAACUUACAGCAAAAAGUUCAGCGUCUCUAGUGUCACUCCCCCCUUCAAAUCUCACCAUGCAGUGUUUUUUUGAAGUCUGUUUCCAAUUAGUCACGGCAAAUAGUAGCCCACACUCUGCUCUGAGCCCCAACACAGCUGUUGGUGUGUCAGAGGGAUAAAUCACCGCCGUGGGCCCACUGGACAAGACGAGAUGGGGUGAGAGGUGAAAGGUCGCAGCUCUGAAGUGAAGUGAAAUGUAAUGAUGGCAAAUGACGCAGUUAGACUUGUCCCUUUUUCAUCUUUUCUUGUUAGUGGUUUAGUUCACGUUGUCAUAAUGUUUUCACACCUGAUAGUCCAGAGGACUCGGUUCGAUUUGGGGCCAAAAUUGCAAAGUUAGUUAUAUUUUCAGCUGCAGUUUGCUUUCUCACUGCACUGUGUCAAACAAACCAAACCCUUUGAAGAACCUGUUCCCCUCCUCACCUGUGGUGGCGCUGCACCAAGAACCACUGAAGGAAAAGACAUGAAAACCUCAGAGGAAGACAUUGAGCUCAACUUCCUCCUUCAUAAAAUGUAAACAAAAAUAGAGUAUCGUCAGAUUUGAGUGGCUUUACAAAUUCUUGUGUUGUGGGUAAAAAAAUCGCUGGCGCUAGUCUUGCUUGUUUGUUUUGGUUGUAUUUACCCAGAAUGCCCUGCACUGGAGUCCACUUCCUGCUUUUGGAGCUUCACUUGGCGUUCACAUGUGCAUUUGAACCGUGCCAGAAUUCACUUUAAUCGAAGGGAGACCUACAUUUUCAGAUGAUGUUCGCUUUUUUGAUCCACAUUCACACCAGUGGUGGGAAGAUUGAUCCAUAAUAUUGAAAAUAUUGAUACCAGGUCGGUAUCAGUAUUGGGUUAAAAGAUCAAUACUUUAGAUUCAGAUUCAGUCUUGAAAUUUUAUUUUACUUUUGCGUAAAGAAGAGAUUUUGUUUUGCUCUUUAAUUUUUUUGCAUUUUGUUUAUUUAGGAAAAAUGCACACAGAUCAUAUUAGAAUGGAAUAUACUUUAUUGAUCCCUCGGGAGAAAUUGAUUAAUAGUUGACAAGCUACUCUAUUUAAGGUGUUAAAUAUUAAAUAUAACUCUAAGAGAUCAAGUUUAUAAAGGCUUAAGAUUGAUGUAGGUAAUUUAAUAUGAAUAUAAAUAGAUAACAAGCAUGCACAUGCAAAUAUGUUAAUCUAAAAAAUAAUUAUUAGAAUAAUUAAAGUACUUUCUAGACACUUAUAAGCUUUAUCCAAAUUGUGUUCUAAUUUGGGUAAAACAAAAAGAAUUAAAGGAAAACAGGUCACAAAGAGGCUGAUUCCUAAUCCUCUCUGAUUGGUGCUUCUCCACUUUAACUUUUUUAAAAUCACUGUUUGUGGUAUUAAAUAAUGGAGUGUUUUUGUUUUAGUGUGACAUAUUAUAGCUGUGAGAGUGUUGCUACUUAUGACCAAAAGGUCAUAAAUUUUAUAAUAUAUCAAACUUAAAUAGAAAGUAUCGGUGAUA